UAACCUCAUUUUAUUUGAAUUGCUUUAAUUUUUUAUUCUAAUAAAAAGCACACCCAUAGAUAUACACUUAAUAUAUUCGAAGCACACCUAAAAUUCCAGAUUACAUUUAGAUACCAAAGUAUUAGAUUUGUGAUCUACAAAAAAUACUGACAAUAAAAUGGCAAUACAGAGAUGCUUAGUACAAAUAGUGAAAACUUACAAAUUAAGGCAUCAUUUACAGUCAAACAUCAGACAAACAUACUGUAUGUUAUGCCUGAAGUACAGCACAGCUGGAUCAUCAAGGAAAUAUACUGAUAGACAUGAAUGGGUUACAAUAGACAAAGAUAUAGGUACAGUUGGGGUUAGCGAAUAUGCCCAAGAAUCUCUUGGUGAUGUUGUUUUUGCACAGCUGCCAGACCCCGGAACAGACCUUAAAGCUGGUGAUGAGUGCGGUGCCUUAGAAAGUGUGAAAGCUGCUAGUGAAAUCUAUUCUCCAUUAUCUGGUACUGUUACGGAGAAAAAUAAAGAUGUAGAAGACAAACCAGCACUAAUAAAUACAUCUUGUUAUGACAAAGGAUGGUUGUUUAGAUUGAAAAUAAUUAAGCAAAGCGAGAUAAAUGAUCUCAUGACUGAAGAAGAGUACAAGAAAUUUUUGAAAACAGAUGCUGAGAAACCAGGAUAAUUUAAGUUGAAUUAGAGGCUAUUUAUUUCAAAUGUUGAAUCUUUGUUUUUUAAUACUUAAGGGGACAAAUAAAUGUUAAAAAUAUUUCUUUUUAAAUUGAAUAUUCUUCUUAUUUUG